AUGAAAGAAUAUAUAUACGAGGCCGAACAUUCAUGGGAGACACAACGUCGACCAGCUGUUGUUGUUGACCAUCAUCAUCGUCAACGCCAUCAACAUCAAAAUAAUCACCGUCAACGAAAUCUAGGCGGAGAAGAAGCAGCUAUGGACGCUGACGCCAGUAGUAUGAGUGAGACGACGUCCGAGUCGGGCGUCAGUGAUCUUGAAACAAGUAUGACUGAUUUUCGUUGCACAUGCUGUCCGUAUGGUUAUCAUUUGGAUACUGAUUUUAUGAAGUUCCUCGACGAUAUGUAUGGACCUGAUGUACUGCGUACACUGAAAAAAAUUGAACGAAAACGUCAUGAUGUGCGUCGUCGUUUAAUCAAUGAACAGCCUAAUCAUCCAAUUCCUGUUCAAUCAUGUCCACAACAACCAAAUACAAGAAGUUCAUCAGCAGUUGAUAAUGACAUUUUACGUGAAACACUCCUUGAACUUGAUCGUAUUGUUGAAAAAGAUAUUAAAGAAUUGGAAGCUGAAUGCCAUCGUCAUACUAAUAAUCGAACGCAAACUAAUCGUUCAGGACAUAUACAUCAACAACGUUCUCGUUCUGUUGAUUCUCGUCGUCAUCUUCGUCCACCACCACCGCCUCGACCACCGACCUCUUCGGCUAAUGUAGCAACAGCAGGUAUUCAAUCAUCUGCAUCUGUAUCACGUACAGCUGAAGAACAUCGUCUUUAUGAACGUCGAAUGCAAAUGGAAAAAACUAUAACAACAAGAACACAUUCAGCACCACGUUUAAAUUUAACAGCAACUGAUACAUUCGGUUCAUUUCGUAAACUUGAUACAACUGGUGGUGGACCAAUAACAAUGCUUUAUAAAAUACCUCCACCACCAUUUUCACGAUCAAGUAGUUCAAGUUCAAUAUCAACUGAACCAACACUACGUGUAUCAAGUCCUGAACCAGAUGAACGUGAACCACUUAAACCAUUGUAUAUAACAGAAAUUAAUGUUCCACCAAAACCAGUUGUACAUGUAUGUAAACCAAUAAAAACAACUGUUGUUACCGUUACAGAUAAAACUGAAAUUGAACGUCGUAAUCGCGAAAUUGAACGCCUUGAAAAAGAACGACACAUUUUAUUAACCGAAAAAGAAACUUUAUUAAAAGAAAUUGAUCGAUAUAAACAUCGACCAGCUAUGAAAAUUCCUGAACAAAAAUCUACAUCAAUCAAUAUUCAAACUGAUCGUGAACAUCUCGAACAACGUCAUACACAUCAUUUACCACCGGCAAAACCAUUGACACGUGAAGUAGCUAUGCAACAUAUUGUUGAAGAUGAAAUACCGCCUCCAUUACCGCCUAAACUACGUCAACGUGAUGUUGCAAUAAGUCAUACAACUGAAUAUGAAGGUGAUGAUGAUGAAAAACAAGCUGAAAUUGUUCGAAGAAAAUUAGAAGAAAUCAAACAUUUUUAUACAGAACGUAUUCAUUUUCUUGAAGAUCGUAUACUUGAACAAGAAAAAGAUAUUGAUCGUUUAACUGAACCAAAACGACAACGACAUGUUAAUACACAAUGUCAACCAAAAAUGCAAGAUCGAUCAUUUGUUACUGAUACAUUUCGAUCAGUUCGAGAUGUUGCAUUAACUUGUCAUCUUCAACCAACAUUACCAGAACCUGUUGCACAUCGUGAUGUUAGUCUUCAAUGUAAUACAGAUGAAUUUAUUAAAAAACGUGAUGUAUGGAUGGAAGCAAUACCUGAUGUACCAACAAAACGCGAUGUAUCAAUUGGUGUAGCUAUUAGUUUAACAUCAGAUAAACAUUAUCGUGAUGUUGGUACACAUGUAAAUUUCGACUUUAAACCUGAAAUACGUCAACGAGAUGUUGCAAUUAUGUUUGUACCGGAACCAAUACAGAAACAUGAUCGAGCAUCAAAUACACAACAAGUACAAACAAGAGAAUUUGGAGCUUUUGUUGAUACUAUUGAACCACCUAAACUUCCACCUAAACCAAUCAUGUGUCAAGCUGCUACAGAUACACGUAAUCUAAUCGUACAUAAAGAUAUUGCAUCUGGAUCAGAUGAAACCAAACGUGCACGUGAUAUGUCAACUGAUACAUUAUCUCUUGUAUACCUUGAAGAACGUGCUUGUGGACUUGAUUUUCCACGUGAAUUACUUUCUCGUCAUAUUUCAACUGAUACACGUACACUUAUAUCAACACGAGAUAAUUUUUCAGCAACAAUACCUGUCGUACAAACUGUUCUAAUGGAUGCACAUACACAAUCAAUACCUCCUAUUCGACAUAAUGCAUCAUCAAAUACACAAGCGCUCGCUGAACAACGACAUACAGGUGUACAAGCUGUUCAAGAAUUGCCUGUAGUUAAACAUAGUACAACAUCAACUGAACUUGAUAUGUUUCAUAAAUUAGGUCAUUUAAAACAUAGUGUAUCCAAUACUGAAACAAAACGAUCAACUGAUCGUUCAACAGUAACUGAUCGUUUAUCAUCACGUGAUCUUGCUGUUAAUACUGAACCGAAAAUAAUGUAUUCAAAGGAUGUCGGUGAUUUUGAUGUACGUAUUGGUGAUGAUGAUGAAAGUCAAAGAGAAUAUACUGAACAUCAAGAAUUUACAUGGAAUAAUUUAUAUGGACGACGAGCACCAUUACAUAGUCAAUCAACAACAUAUGAACGUGGAUUUCAAACAGAUUUAGUUGAUACACAACGUGAAGUUGGAUAUAUUGAACAAUCAACAAAACAUCACGAAGAUUCAACUGAAGAACAACGACAAGAAAUUAUAACAUUUCGUUUACCAAAAACAUCAGUUGAAACAAAAACAACAGAAGAAACAUAUGUUUCAACUGUAAUGGCAGAAAGUCAAAAAAAUAAUCAACAAUUUGAAGAAAUACGAAGCCAAACGAAAUAUGAUGAGGCUGAUACAACAAUCAUUAAAAGUGAACUUACUGAAUGGACACGAUCAUUAGGUGGUAAUACAAUGAAAACAUCAACAGAUAGUAUAAGACAAGACAAAACACGUUCUCAUUCACCUGAAGAACUUGUUGAAGAAUCUUAUGAAAUUGUAUCAACACUUACUAAACCACAUGAUGGAGAAUAUGCAGUCAAUUCAACAAGUACAAGACCAACUAAAACAUCUUCACCAACGUCAACAACACAUACUUAUACUGAUAUACAUGGAGGAAAAGCGGCAUCAAGUGAAGAUGAUAGUUCUUAUUGUGAAGAAUGGACAGUCACUGAAGCUAAACGUAAACAAGAUGGACAAACAGUUCAAACUAUUAUUGAUAGAGGUGGUCAUCAUCGUUAUAGUAUCGAUGCUGAAAGUCAAUUUGCUACAUUGAAAGAUGCAACAAUGACUGGUUCAACUCAAUUACGACAUCAUUCAGGUGAUUCAAUCAGUGUUAAUACCGGAAUACAAAUUCGUGAACAUGAAGAAACAACUCAAGUAUCACCAUCAGUUGUACAUAAGACAACAACGUAUGAAGCUUGUCGUACAAUUGGUGCCGGACAACCAGCUCUCGGUGUUACAUCAACCGGUUUUCGUACUUUUCCAUCAGUUCAUACUAGUUCUGAAAUUCAAACAGAAACAACUGAUGAACAAAAUGUUGAAGAAAAUUAUGAAGUAACAUUAUCAUCCUAUGAUGAAUCAGGUUUAAAAAUAAUUUCAUCUGAACCAAUGACAACAACAACAACAAUUACUGGUGAAGGAUUUGAACUUGAUGAAGAAAUGUAUAUCGCAUGUGCUAUUGUAAAUGAAUCACUUUAUGAUAAGAAUGCCGAUAAAAAGAAAGUGCAUAAUUGUCUUCAUUUAAUACAACAAGAAUGGUUUCGUAUAUCGAGUCAAAAAGACGUGAAUGGUCGUUUAGUCGAAAGUUAUUUGAACAGUAUAAAAGAACAUUUUUCAAACUUUUUACUCGAACGUAUUGUUAAUUUACAAGAUGCUAAUGGAAAUACUGCACUUCAUUAUUCUGUUACUAAUGGCCAUUGGAAUGUUGUUAAUAUGUUAUUAGAUACAAAAGUAUGCGAUGUAUGUUUACAAAAUAAUGCUGGAUAUACAGCUGUUAUGAUGGCUGCAGUUAUUGAUAUAGCUGAUGAUGAUCAAAAACAGACUGUUCGCCGUUUAUUCCGAGAAUCAGGAAAUGUAAAUGUUAAAACAACAAUGAGUAAUCAAACAGCUUUAAUGCUUGCUGUUAAACAUGGAAAAACGGAUUCAGUUGAAUUAUUACUAGAAAAUGGUGCUGCUGUUAAUUUACAAGAUACAGAUGGAUCAACAGCAUUAAUGUGUGCUGUUGAACAUGAACUGUUGAAUAUUGUUAAAUUACUUUUAACAAAACCUGAAUGUGAUGUUAAUAUAGCAGAUAAUGAUGGACAGACAGCUGUUAGUAUUGCAACGAAUAAAAAUCGUAAAGAUAUUUUAGUUGCACUUUAUGCCAAAAUGAAAGAACGAAAAGGACAUCAUUCGGUAAGAUAA